UGUAAAUAUUUUUCAUUUACGGCGACAUAAACAAACAAAAUGAUCCUUCAUUAGUAACAUAAAAACCGAAUGUCUUUCAUGUUUCGUUCGUCGUCUAUCUACAUAAAUACUUACUUACAUGCAUAUACGUAUACAUAUAGAAUGUCUACGGUUGCGAACGAAUCUGCAUUUAAUGCGGAACCGUUAGAAAGGAAAGCAGAAUAUGGAAUCAAACACCACCAGCUGUAGCGCCCUCUGGAUUCUUGCUAUACCGUCGCCAAGGCGAACUUACUUAUUUUUCAUAUUUAUUGACGUAUCAUUACAUAAUAAUAAAAUUCGUUGGAACAUUAUAGUCAAAUAUUCGUGUAUGUAGUGAUUAUUUGCUCAGAUAAGCAUUUUCUUCAUAACUGCUUCUUUCAGUUCUCGCUACAGCGAAUUAUUAUUAUUAUUAUUAUUAUUAUAAAACGCUGGAAAGAAUUGAACCAAUAGCAUGAUUCCUGACGUUUUUGAAGGAAACAUUCGUUUAUUGGAAAUCUUCGUGUCAAAGAUAAAAAUCGAGCAAUGAAAAAGCGGUUUGAAUUGUAUAUAGACCAAUCUGUCAGUGUAACUUUCACACGAAGUAGGAUAAGUAUCUCGUUAAAAAAUUAAUUGGAAAUUGAAUUUAUCGUAAUAUUAUCGUAUAUAUAUCAAGAAGAGGAGAGAAGAGAAGAGAAGAGUAAAGGAAAGGAAAGGAAAGGAAAGGAAAGGAAAGGAGAGGAGAGGAAAGAAAAGAAAAGAAAAGAAAAGAAAAGGAAAGAGAAGAAAAGAAAAGAAAAGAAAAGAAAAAAAGAAACAAGUGAAUUAAUGGGGACCGCGUCUCGUGAAGCUGGCCAUUUUCGUGAACCACCGUAACGAAAAGUGUGAUCGCGUUUGGAUUGGACUUGCAUGAGAUUAGCUGUGGACUGUGGGGUGUGGAGUCUUUUAUGCCAUAAGCUAUCUACGUACCCAUUCAAGAAUCUGCAACAUUUAGAUUCUUGUCAAGAUCCAAGUGGAAAUUUUUACAUCUUACUCUACCGGAUAAAAUGAUCUCUAUUUUGAAUAAUCUUUUCAUUUUACUUGAUGUGUAAACGAUUGUUUAUGGAUUUUGUAUGAAGUAUCAAAAGCGUCAAAUAUCGCCCAUCGCGAAGAAAGUUUGCAAUCGAAGAAAGCGGAGAUGGAUAAUUCAGAAGAGCCGACAAGUUUGCAGUCCAUUUGUCAUAUACAUGCUUCAGAGUUAUUUCCAAAGCAUGCACAUUUCGAAUGCGAAGAUCAGACUCUUACAGUUCCAUUUACACCAUUGAGCGGGGAAUCUAUCGUAGCACUUGGACGUACAUCGGAUGGAAUAUUGGCCCUUUCAAAUUACAGACUCUAUUUACAAUUAAGUCAGACGUGUUACAAUAUCCCAUUGGGUUUAAUAGAGCAACUAGAAGUUAAAGAAAUAUUUUUCUUGCAUAUUGCUUGUAAAGACGCACGUUCGCUAAGUUGCGCCUUUUCCACAAACGAACACUGUUUGGAAUGGUUCAAACGACUACAUAAACUGACUUAUCCACGUAAAAAUAUAGAAGAUAUAUUUGCUUUUGCUUAUUACGCCUGGUCCGUAGAAGAAGGUAAAGAUAGCUUGAAGCUUGGAAAAGAUAACGCUUCUUACACUGGUACUUUUAAUUCUGAGGUAGAACGACUGAAAUUUAAUUUACACGGUACAUGGCGUAUAAGUCAGAUGAAUAAAGAUUAUCGAAUGUGUCCGUCGUAUCCACCGUUGCUUUUGGUUCCUGCUUGCAUUUCCGACAAGAUCCUUGAAACGGUGGCUAAAUUCCGAAGUUCUCGACGAAUUCCUGCCGUUGUUUGGAGGCACGUGAAGAAUGGUGCGGUUAUAGCACGAAGUAGUCAACCAGAAGUGGGAUGGCUUGGUUGGCGAAGCGCGGAAGACGAAGAUCUCUUGAAGGCUCUUGCAGAUGCAUGCUCCUACGAUAAAGGUGAAUCGACGAUGGUGGACUCUUCUAUCAUUUAUCCCGAUAAUAGCGACGAUGGUGUCGCAGGAAAUAGUAGCAAAAAAGUUUUAAUCGUGGACGCGAGGUCGUACACAACCGCCGUGGCAAAUAGAGCGCGCGGUGGUGGUUGCGAAUGUCCAGAGUAUUAUCCCAGUUGCGACAUACAAUUUAUGAAUUUACCUAACAUUCAUUCGAUACGAAAGAGCUUUCAUGCGGUGAGGCAACUGUGCGCAUCGGACGCGGAUCAACCCAAUUGGCUUAGUCUCUUAGAAGGAACACGAUGGUUACAACACAUGUCUGGAUUGUUACGCGCAGCUGUCACCGUAGCUUCGGCGAUCGAAAGAGAUGGUCGGCCUGUAUUGGUUCAUUGUAGCGACGGUUGGGAUAGAACUCCUCAAAUAGUUGCUUUAGCACAGAUCCUUCUCGAUCCUUAUUAUAGAACUAUGGAGGGAUUCCAAAUUUUAUGCGAGAGAGAAUGGUUAGACUUUGGACAUAAAUUCGCAGAUCGUUGUGGGCAAACGGUUGGCUGCGAAGAUCCAAACGAACGAUGUCCAGUAUUUUUACAAUGGCUUGAUUGUGUACAUCAACUAAUUCUACAGUUCAAAUGCAGUUUUCAAAUAUCUCCCGCAUAUCUUGUAAAACUUGCGCAACACACGUAUUCGCAGCUUUUCGGUACAUUUCUUUGCAACACGAGGCAAGAAAGGUUACAACUGAGAAUACGCGAGCGUACAUUUUCGGUCUGGCGAUUCCUUAAUUCCAGUUCGUUCGUAAAUCAUUUGUAUUCACCGUUAAAAAAUCAAGUAUUAUGGCCAAGUUGUAACGUACGCGACCUCGUUUUAUGGUCCGAAGUAUAUUUAGGUUCUAUGGAAUCUUCUCUCGGUAUCAGGGACGAUAAACAGAGGGUAACGAUGAUCGAUAUCGAGGGUGGCGAUAACGAGGAACCACAGGGACAAAUGACUAAAACUCGAUCGUACGGUGAUCUGAUGCAUGCUCCCGAUCAUACGGCCUAUCUACAUCGUAGACUUAGCGAUCCGAGUAUUUCGGUGGAAAAAAAAUUUGAUUCUUUGACGCUGGACACAGAAAGCGAAGAAAAGGUUGAUGAAAAUCAGGUUGAGAAUUGUAAGAGCGGAAGAGCCGAAGAAAAUAGAGUGGAAAACUUGGAUGAAACGGAAACACAGUACGCGAGGGUACAGGUGUUGAACGAUUCGCCGGUAAAUCCUUCUGUGGAUAGCUCGACAGACACUUUAAUACCCAGCAAUGAUUCUUUGGUUGGUGUAAUGAACGUCGAUAAGGAAACUAAAGUUGUGAAAAAUUCACCGUCGGACAUGGUUUCACCAUGGAUCGAGAACAACACAACUGGUCGAACCGUUUGCUCCUGUAGUCGUAAUUAUCAAAACAAUCAGAACGAGGGUAGCAGCGACGUUAGCGAUACCAGUGCACCGUUAAUGUCGAGAACACCUAGUAGCAUUUGUCCGGCUUCGCCGACUCAUCAGGACGCGACGGCAGAUAAUCUGGACAGGCUGGUGGACGAUGCCGAUGGUCUUCCUGUUAUUCAGUGCGACGUUCAGAUGCGCGUGCAACAGAUUAUCGUCGAACACAAGUUGAAAGAGGAAGCGCUAAGAAAAGAAUUACAUACAACGAGAUUGGCUUUGAUAAAACAAGUUUGUAAUCACAACGCAGACACUGAACGCGUCGACGAUAUCGGAUCGUUACCCGAUUCGGUAGGAAGUACCGGAGAUCAUGGAGAAUCAUUACCUUCGGAUAUGUCUUGGGAAGCAGUCGAAGAAUUAGGUCCUGCUCCUACUCUGUGGGUACCGGAUCACGCGGUGAGUCGAUGCAUGGGAUGCGAUACGGAGUUUUGGCUCGGAAGGCGUAAGCAUCACUGCAGGUGCUGUGGUAAAAUCUUUUGCGCGGAUUGUUCGGAGAACUCGACGCCGUUACCUAGCGAGCAGUUGUACAAUCCCGUGAGGGUUUGUAGCGAGUGUUUCUCUCGACUUCACCGCCACGCAAGCCCCUGUCAGUGCAACGCGCGUCAUCAGAACAAGGGAGAGAACGAUGCGGAGCUCUCGUCGAAUUCCGAAAGUUUGAUAACUUGUCACCGAUCGAAAGGUUUGCAUCUGACGAAGGACAGUUGUUGCGACAAUCUAUUGCAGGCUGCGCAUCAAAAAAGUCAACCUUCGGUCACAGCGGCCACGAAUAUCCGCGCUCAAACGAAAACGCCAUCUAACGGAAAUGGUGAUCGAUUAGAAUGGCGUAUUUGGGCGUAUUGUACAUAUUACAUACAUAUGUACGAGUACAGGUUAAACGGCGAAUCUGUGAAAAAUCUUGAAAAAUUAUGGAACGCAACGAAGAGGAUUGGUCGGUGGAAUGUUCGGACGAUGAAAAGUACGAAAUGGAUAGAAAAAACGAAUGGACCCUGAAAUCCGACGAUAUAUUAACACUGAUCGAGGCUUUGGAAAGUAACAAUAGAAUUUUAGAGCUGGAAUGGAAGUGUCCUGGUAGGAGGGGUCCGUCUCCAGUUCUCUCAAACAAUCGAAAGCAAGAUAACGGCUCGCAGGA